CCACCAUGUUGAUCAAGGAGUACCGGAUCCCCAUGCCCAUGAGUGUGGAGGAGUACCGCAUCGCCCAGCUCUACAUGAUCCAGGUGGGUGGUUACUGGCUAGCAUACAAGAUACGGCACAUAGAAUACAUAUAUCAUGUAGCAUAGUAUUGCAUGGCUAACAUGCGUCAUACAGGAUACAAUACCUAGCAUAGCAUUGCUAACACACAGCAUGCAGAAUACAACAUAUAGCACACGGAGCAUCACAUAGCAUAUACAGUGCAUUCGGAAAGUAUUCAGACCCCUUGACUUUUUCCACAUUUUGUUACGUUACAGCCUUAUUCUAAAAUGGAUUAAAAAAUAAUAAUUCUCAUCAAUCUACACAUACCUCAUUUACAUACGUUUUCAGACCCUUUGCUAUGAGACUCGAAAUUAAGCUCAGGUGCAUCCUGUUUCCAUUGAUCAUCCUUUAGAUGUUUCUACAACUUGAUUGGAGUCCACCUGUGGUAAAUUCAAUGGAUUGGACAUGAUUUGGAAAGGCACAAACCUGUCUAUAUAAGGUCCCCCAGUUGACAGUGCAUGUCAGAGCAAAAACCAAGCCAUGAGGUCGAAGGAAUUGACCGUAGAGCUCUGAGACAGGAUUGUGUCGAGGCACAGAUCUGGAGAAGGGUACCAAAACAUUUCUGCAGCGUUGAAGGUCCCCAAGAACACAGUGGCCUCCAAGUUUGGAACCCCCUUCCUAGAGCUGGCCACCCGGCCAAACUGAGCAAUUGGGGGAGAAGGGCCUUGGUCAGGGAGGUGGUCACUUUGACAGAGCUCCAGAGUUCCUCUGGGAGAUUGGAGAACCUUCCAGAAGGACAACCAUCUCUGCAGCACUCCACCAAUCAGGCCUUUAUGGUAGAGUGGCCAGACGGAAGCCACUCCUGAGUAAAAGGCGGAUGACAGCCCGCUUUGAGUUUGCCAAAAGGCAGCUAAAGGACUCUCAGACCAUGGGAAACAAGAUUCUCUGGUCUGAUGAAACCAAGAUUCAACUUGGCCUGAAUGCCAAGCAUCACGUCUGGAGGAAACCUGGCACCAUCCCUACGGUGAAGCAUGGUGGUGGCAGCAUCAUGCUGUGGGGAUUUUUUUUUCAGUGGCAGGGACUGGGAGACUAGUCACGAUAGAGGGAAAGAUGAACGGAGCAAAGUACAGAGAGAUCCUUGAUGAAAACCUGCUGCAGAGCGCUCAGGACCUCCGACUGGGGCGAAGGUUCACCUUCCAACAGGACAACGACCCUAAGCACACAGCCAAGACAACGCAGGACUGGCUUUGGGACAAGUCUCUGAAUGUCCUUGAGUGGCCCAGCCAGAGCCCGGACUUGAACCCGAUCAACAUCUCUGGAGAGACCUGAGAAUAGCUGUGCAGCGACGCUCCCCAUCCAACCUGACAGAGCUUGAGAGGAUCUGCAGAGAAGAAUGGGAGAAACUCCCCGAAUACCGGUGUGCCAAGCUUGUAGCGUCAUACCCAAUAAGACUUGAGGCUGUAAUCGCUGCCAAAGGUGCUUCAACAAAGUACUGAGUAAAGGGUCUGAAUACUUAUGUAAAUGUAAUAUUUCAGUUAAAUGUUUUUAUAAAUGUGCUAACAUUUCUAAAACCCUGUUUUUGUUUUGUCAUUAUGGGGUAUUGUGUGUAGAUUGAUGGGGGGGGGGACGACAAUUUAAUCCAUGUUAGAAUAAGGCAGUAGUGUAACAAAAUGUGGAAAAUGUCAAGGGGUCUGAAUACUUUCCGAAUGCACUGUAUGGAAUAUAACAUUGUCCUAAAACAAUGGUCUAGGUCAGAGAGACAUUAGAUUGUUGCUGUGACCCAGGAGCCCUACUGACCCUCGAUCAGGUGUUAGGUUGGUGCAUUCUUGCUUGCGCAUGUGUGUGUAACAUGGUGUCAGGUUGUGUUCAUGGUUCAGGUCACCAGUUUAAUGUGAGCUUUCUAAUGCCAGCUGGCUCUCCAUAUGCUUGUCGCCUAUGUUUCAUGCACACUCUCUCUUUCUCUCUCUAGAGGAGGAAAAUAUUAGCACGUUGGUUUCGGGGGUACAAAGUGUUGUUGUAGACAAUAUGAAUGGAACGGAACCCACGCUACAGUAUCUACUUCUGAAGAACAGAUCUUUCCUAGGACAGUCGCAGCCAACCAGUGAUGUGACUCCAGGACAUUAUCCUAGAGGAUUAUGGGUGAUUAGGUCACCUGGUGACCCCUGACGGAGUACAGUCUGUUAGACCAACACUUGAUGAAGCUUCAUGUGCUGCCUGUUUUUAAUGUUAAUGUAAAUGUUGUAAACCUUACCCACAAACACUCCGUCUCUCCUCCGGGGCAGCGUCACAGCUGACCGGUUGGUAGCCAUGGUAACCAGUGACAUCAGCAGCAGCGUGGCAGUGGCUGCCAUCAUUUGUUUGCAGUGAGAAUAAAAGACUGAGAGAGAGGGAAGGUGAUUGGGGGAAGCAGAUAGAGAAAGGGGGGAGGGAAGGGAAACGUAAAGAGGGAGACUUACAGAGGAACGGGCAGAGACUGAUGGAAAGAGGCAAACAGAGAAAGAGAGAGGCAGAGAAAGGCAUUGAGAUGGAGGGAAAUGAAGAAAGAGAAGUGAAGAUGAUGACAAUGUUACACUGCUGAUUUUGCAGUGGUGGGAAAAGUACCCAAUUGUCAUACUUGAGUAAAAGUAAAGAUACCUUAAUAGAAAAUGACUCAAGUAAAAGUGAAAGUCACCCAGUAAAAUCCUACUUGAGUAAAAGUCUAAAAGUAUUUGGUUUUAAAUAUACUUAAGUAUCAAAAGUAAAUGUAAUUGCUCAAAUAUACUUACAUUUCAAAUUUCUUAUAUUAUACCAGAUGGCACCAUUUUCUUGUUUUUUAAAUUAACGGAUAGCCAGGGGCACGCUCCAACACUCAGACAACAUUUAGAAAUGAAGCAUGUGUUUAGUGAGUCCGCCAGAUCAGAGGCAGUAGGGAUGACCAGGGAUGUUCUCUUGAUAAGUGUGUGAAUUCGAAUAUUUUCCUGUCCUUCUAAGCAUUCAAAAUGUAACAAGUACUUUUGGGUGUCAGGGAAAAUGUAUGGAGUAAAAAGUACAUCAUUUUCUUAAGGAAUGUAGUAAAGUACAUUCCUUAAGUGGUCCUCUGUAGCUCAGCUGGUAGAGCACGGCGCUUGUAACGCCAAGGUAGUGGGUUCGAUCCCCGGGACCACCCAUACACAAAAAUGUAUGCACGCAUGACUGUAAGUCGCUUUGGAUAAAAGCGUCUGCUAAAUGGCAUAUUAUUAUUAUUAUUAUUAUUAUAAAGUAAAAGUAAAAGUUGUCAGAAAUAUAAAUAGUAAAGUAAAGUACAGAUACACCAAAAAACGACUUAAGUAGUACAUUCAAGUAUUUUUACUUAAGUACUUUACACCACUGUGAUUUUGUUAUCCCCUCGAUUGGAGAGGGUGUCUGUGUGUGUGUGUGUAUGUAUGGUGUUGUGUAUGUGUGUGUGCACCAACUUAGAGACAACAUUUAGGGAGAAAAGAGGACAACAGACAGUAGGAUGGAGAGCCAGCUCAUGUUUGUCCUUUUCAUAUGUCCAUGUGGAAGACUGGAGGGCUGCAAUGUGGACUGUGCUUCAUAUACUGUAUAUAAUUGGUACUUAUUGAUACAUUACUCUCACUUAUUGGUCACAUACUAGGCCCACACACACCUGGUUUCCUUGGGCUGAAGUAAUCAUUUGUAAGGCUGGAAGAGACUGACUCUGCAGUGUAGACCUUGAGGACCUGUUUCAUGCUAACCUUGUGUGUGUAUGUGUGUUUGUGUGUCUUUUUGCUAACCUUGCGGUAUCAUAUAAAUUAUUCAGCGGUAACUGGGGCCCAGCAGAAAUCAGACCUCAGCAAAGCCAAAACAUUACUAUUCCUGCUGCCCUCUCAGCUUCCAGCCCAGCACAGCAUGCCACCAUUACUUACUCACACUAAUUUCUCUCCAUAUUCCUCUCUUUCUAUCUUUCAGUCGUUUUAGUCCGCUUUUCUUUUCUUUCUACCCCCGGGCUGACCCUCCCCUCCAUGCAUGUCCUCAGGAUCAGAUACUGAAACCAAGGAACUCUCUAUUGGCUCCCGAGACAUUUUCCUUUUCCUUUUUGUCGCUGAUUUUUUUUUUUCUUUUUGUCUGUUUGUCCUUGGUGCCUGGGCUUUACUGUUCCUCUCAGCACAAAACGUUCAAUCUUCAGGCAGAUUCCUGGAAACACUAUUUUCUGUCCAUGACAAUGUUUUUCUCACUUCUCUGUCUUUCUUCACUCUUGCAAGCACCAUGUCAUAGACGGAAGUACUUGGUGCAUCUCAAUAGUUUAAAGUGGCUUCCUCUCCUCACCUCCUUUUCUCCCUCUGCACUGCUGUCAAUGUCAAACCACUGGACAGGUGAAAGCAGAUUCCUAGUAGGCUUCCUAACAUGUAGCUUUUUUUCCCACCUAGCUCACGUUUUCAAAGAGGAGAUGAGGAAAGGAACAGACCUAGGUUCAAAUACAUGCAUAUUUAAUUAAUUGUUAUUUAAAUACAAAUGUUCUGUGUAUUUGAGUAUUUCCAAUAACAUUUGACAUUUACAUUUUAGUCAUUUAGCAGACACUCCCCACUGGGCACACCACGUCAUUUCAACGUGGAAAUGUUGUUCAUAUUUGGUUGAGACGUUGAUCAAUGAGAUACCUUUAUUCACCCACUCAAAAAGACAGCCAGAAGUUUGUUGAAUUCCCAAUGGUUUAUCACUAUGCUUUCAACCUACUAAAUAUACAACCAAAUUCCAAUGGGAAUACAAUGUCAGAUAUUUAUGCAACAAUUUAAUGUGUUAUCACUGUGCUUUAUCUAAUAGCACAACCAAAUGAACUGGAUUGCAGUUGAGAUUACAUUCAAAGAUCAAUGCUGUUCAAGAGUGUACACACAUUUUUAUGGCAAUUUUGAAGAUCUCCACAGACCUGCGACCUUUGCAUGCUAUUUUGAACAUGCAUGUUUCCAUGAUUACAUAAGAAGACAUUUAUAGUUACAUUGUGCUAACCUCAAAAUGUGGCCAUGGAUGUGUUUAUAUUUAUUAAGGAUCCCCAUUAGCUACUCUUCCUGGGGUCCAAACACAUUAAGGCACUUACAUUACACAUAAAACAAAAGAUAAAACAGUACAUCAUAUAACAUUGUUACACCACUACAUAUCUACAACACAAAAUGUAUGAUACCACUAUACAACAAUAUUACAAUGUACACUACCGUUCAAAAGUUUGGGGUCACUUAGAAAUGUCGUUGUUUUUGAAAGAAAAGCAAUUUUUUUGGCCAUUAAAAGAACAUCAAAUUGAUCAGAAAUACAGUGUAGACAUUGUUAAUGUUGUAAAUGGCUAUUGUAGCUGGAAACGGCUGAUUUUUAAUGGAAUAUCUACAUAGGCGUACAGAGGCCCAUUAUCAGCAACCAUCAGUCCUGUGUUCCAAUGGCGCGUUGUGUUUGCUAAUCCAAGUUUACCAUUUUAAAAGGCUAAUUGAAAACCCUUUUGCAAUUAUGUUAGCACAGCUGAAAACUGUUGUGCUGAUUUAAAGAAGCAAUAAAACUUGAGACUAGUUGAGUAUCUGGAGCAUCAGCAAUUGUGGGUUCGAUUACAGGCUCAGAAUGGCCAGAAACAAAUAACUUUCUUCUGAAACUCGUCAGUCUAUUCUUGUUCUGAGAAAUGAAGGCUAUUCCAUGUGAAAAAUUGCCAAGAAACUGAAGAUCUCGUACAACGCUGUGUACUACUCCCUUCACAGAACAACGCAAACAGGCUCUAACCAGAAUAGAAAGAGGAGUGGGAGGCCCGGGUGCACAACUGAGCAAGAGGACAAAUACAUUAGAGUGUCUAGUUUGAGAAACAUAUCUCAGACUGCCCAUCUUAAUCUUUUAUUUUUAUUGGCCAGUCUGAGAUAUGGCUUUUUCUUUGCAACUCUGCCUAGAAGGUCAGCAUCCCGGAGUCGCCUCUUCACUGUUGACGUUGAGACUGGUAUUUUGCAGGUACUAUUUAAUGAAGCUGCCAGUUGAGGAUCUGUGAGGCAUCUGUUUCUCAAACUAGACACUCUAAUGUAUUUGUCCUCUUGCUAAGUUGUGCACCAGGGCCUCCCACUCCUCUUUCUAUUCUGGUUAGAGCCAGUUUGCAGCUACAAUAGUCAUUUACAACAUUAACUAUGUCUACACUGUAUUUCUGAUCAAUUUGAUGUUAUGUUAAUGGUUUAAAAAAAGUGCCCGUGUGCGUAUGCGUGUGUCUGUACCUGUGUGUGUCUCUUCACAGUCCCCACUGUUCCAUAAGGUGUAUUUUUAUCAGUUAAAAAAAAAUCUGAUUCUACUGCUUGCAUCAGUUACAGUGGGGAGAACAAGUAUUUGAUACACUGCCGAUUUUGUAGGUUUUCCUACUUACAAAGCAUGUAGAGGUCUGUCAUUUUUAUCAUAGGUACACUUCAACUGUGAGAGACGGAAUCUAAAACAAAAAUCCAGAAAAUCACAUUGUAUGAUUUUUAAGUAAUUAAUUUGCAUUUUAUUGCAUGACAUAAGUAUUUGAUCACCUACCAACCAGUAAGAAUUCCGGCUCUCACAGACCUGUUAGUUUUUCUUUAAGAAGCCCUCCUGUUCUCCACUCAUUACCUGUAUUAACUGCACCUGUUUGAACUCGUUACCUGUUUAAAAGACACCUGUCCACACACUCAAUCAAACAGACUCCAACCUCUCCACAAUGGCCAAGACCAGAGAGCUGUGUAAGGACAUCAGGGAUACAAUUGUAGACCUGCACAAGGCUGGGAUGGGCUACAGGACAAUAGGCAGGCAGCUUGGUGAGAAGGCAACAACUGUUGGCGCAAUUAUUAGAAAAUGGAAGAAGUUCAAGAUGACGGUCAAUCACCCUCGGUCUGGGGCUCCAUGCAAGAUCUCACCUCGUGGGGCAUCAAUGAUCAUGAGGAAGGUGAGGGAUCAGCCCAGAACUACACGGCAGGACCUGUUCAAUGACCUGAAGAGAGCUGGGACCACAGUCUCAAAGAAAACCAUUAGUAACACACUACGCCGUCAUGGAUUAAAAUCCUGCAGCGCACACAAGGUCCCCCUGCUCAAGCCAGCGCAUGUCCAGGCCCGUCUGAAGUUUGCCAAUGACCAUAUGGAUGAUCCAGAGGAGGAAUGGGAGAAGGUCAUGUGGUCUGAUGAGACAAAAAUAUAGAUUUUUGGUCUAAACUCCACUUGCCGUGUUUGGAGGAAGAAGAAGGAUGAGUACAACCCCAAGAACACCAUCCCAACCGUGAAGCAUGGCGGUGGAAACAUCAUUCUUUGGGGAUGCUUUUCUGCAAAGGGGACAGGACGACUGCACUGUAUUGAGGGGAGGAUGGAUGGGGCCAUGUAUCGCGAGAUCUUGGCCAACAACCUCCUUCCCUCAGUAAGAGCAUUGAAGAUUUGUCGAGGCUGGGUCUUCCAGCAUGACAACGACCCGAAACGCACAGCCAGGGCAACUAAGGAGUGGCUCCGUAAGAAGCAUCUCAAGGUCCUGGAGUGGCCUAGCCAGUCUCCAGACCUGAACCCAAUAGAACAUCUUUGGAGGGAGGUGAAUGUCCGUAUUGCCCAGCGACAGCCCCGAAACCUGAAGGAUCUGGAGAAGGUCUGUAUGGAGGAGUGGGCCAAAAUCCCUGCUCAGGUGUCCCAAGUUCCUCUUUGUGACACCUGACCACACGACUGAACAGUAGUCCAGCUGCGACAAAACUAGGGCCUGUAGGACCUGCCUUGUUGAUAGUGUUGUUAAGAAGGCAGAGCAGCGUUUUAUUAUGGACAGACUUCUCCCCAUCUUAGCUAUCAACAUGUUUUGACCAUGACAGUUUACAAUCCAAGGUUACUCCAAGCAGUUUAGUCACCUCAAUUUCCACAUUAUUAAUUACAAGAUUUAGUUGCGGUUUAGGGUUUAGUGAAUGAUUUUUCUCAAAUACAAUGCUUUUAGUUUUUGAAAUAUUUAGGACUAACUUAUUCAUUGCCACCCAUUCUGAAACUAACUGCAGCUCUUUGUUAAGUGUUGCAGUCAUUUCAGUCGCUGUAGUAGCUGACGUGUAUAGUGUUGAGUCAUCCGCAUACAUAGACACACUGGCUUUACUCAAAGCCAGUGGCAUGUCAUUAGUAAAGAUUGAAAAAAGUAAGGGGCCUAGACAACUGUCCUGGGGAAUUCCUGAUUCUACCUGGAUUAUGUUGGAGAGGCUUCCAUUAAAGCACACCCUCUUUGUUCUGUUAGACAGGUAACUCUUUAUCCACAAUAUAGCAGGGGGUGUAAAGCCAUAACACAUAGGUUUUUCCAGCAGCAGACUAUGAUUGAUAAUGUCAAAAGCCACACUGAAGUCUAACAAAACAGCCCCCACAGUCUUUUUAUCAUCAAUUUCUCUCAGCCAAUCAUCAGUCAUUUGUGUAAGUGCUGUGCUUGUUGAGUGUCCUUCCUUAUAAACGUGCUGAAAGUCUGUUGUCAAUUUGUUUACUGUAAAAUAGCAUUGUAUCUGGUCAAACACAAUUUUUUCCAAAAGUUUACUAAGGGUUGGUAACAGGCUGAUUGGUCGGCUAUUUGAGCCAGUAAAGGGGGCUUUACUUUUCUUAAGUAGUGGAAUAACUUGUGCUUCCCUCCAGGCCUGAGGGCACACACUUUCUAGUAGGCUUAAAUUGAAUAUAUGGGAAAUAGGAGUGGCAAUAUCGUUCACUAUUAUCCUCAGUAAUUUUCCAUCCAAGUUGUCAGACUUGGAUGGAAAUUACAAUGCUUGUCUUUCAUCAUUUGAUCAGUUAUAAUUGGAUGUGUAGUGUCAGCGUUUGUUGCUGGCAUGUCGUGCCUAAGUUUGCUAAUCUUGCCAAUGAAAAAAUCAUUAAAGUAAUUGACAAUAUCAGUGGGUUUUGUGAUCAGUGAGCCAUCUGAAUCAAUGAUGGAGUUUGCCUUUUUGCCCAAAAUGUCGUUUAAGGUGCUCCAGAGCUUUUUAUUAUCGUUCUUUAUAUCAUUUAUCUUUGUUUCAUAGUAUAGUUUCUUCUUCUUUUUAUUCCGUUUAGUCACAUGAUUUCUCAAUUUGCAGUACGUUUGCCAAUCGGUUGUGCAUCCAGACUUAUUUGCCAUUCCAUUUACUUCAUCCCUCUCAACCAUACAAUUUUUCAAUUCCUCAUCAAUCCACGGGGAUUUAACGGUUUUUACAGUCAUUUUCUUAAUGGGUGCAUGCUUAUUAGUAACUGGAAUAAGCAAUUUCAUAAAUGUGUUAAGUGCAGCAUCUGGUUGCUCCUCAUUACACACCACAGACCAACACAUAUUAUUUACAUCAACAACAUAGGAAUAACUACAAAACUUCUUAUAGGGAAGGACAUUCAACAAAACUACAGCUCAGUGUUCAACACCAUAGUGCCCUCAAAGCUCAUCACUAAGCUAAGGACCCUGGGACUAAACACCUCCCUCUGCAACUGGAUCCUGGACUUCCUGACGGGCCGCCUCCAGGUGGUAAGGGUAGGUAACAACACAUCUGCCACGCUGAUCCUCAACACGGGGGCCCCUCAGGGGUGCAUGCUCAGUCCCCUCCUGUACUCCAUGUUCACCCAUGACUGCAUGGCCAGGCACGACUCCAACACCAUCAUUACGUAUGCCGACGACACAACAAUGGUAGGCCUGAUCACCGACAACGAUGAUACAGCCUAUAGGGAGGAGGUCAGAGAGCUGGCCGUGUGGUGCCAGGAUAACAACCUCACCCUCAACGUGAUCAAGACAAAGGAGAUGAUUGUGGACUACAGGAAAAAGAGGACCAAGCACUCCCCCAUUCUCAUCGACGGGGUUGUAGUGGAGCAGGUUGAGAGCUUCAAGUUCCUUGGUGUCCACAUCACCAACAAACUAUCAUGGUCCAAACACACCAAGACAGUCAUGAAGAGGGCACGAUAAAGUAUGUUCCCCCUCAGGAGACUGAAAAGAUUUGGCAUGGGUCCUCAGAUCCUCAAAAAGUUAUACAGCUGCACCAUCGAGAGCAUCCUGACUGGUUGCAUCACUGCCUGUUAUGGCAACUGCUCGGCCUCCGACCGCAAGGCACUACAGAGGGUAGUGUGUACGGCCCAGUACAUCACUGGGGCCAAGCUUCCUGCCAUCCAGCACCUCUAUACCAGGCGGUGUCAGAGGAAGGCCCUAAAAAUUGUCAAAGACUCCAGCCACCCUAGUCAUAGACUGUUCUCUCUGCUACUGCACGGCAAGCGGUACCAGAGCGUCAAGUCUAGGUCCAAAAGGCUUCUUAACAGUUUCUACCCCCAAGCCAUAAGACUCCUGAACAGCUAAUCAAAUGGCUACCCGGACUAUUUGCUGCUGCUGCUACUCUCUGUUUAUUAUCUAUACAUAGUCACUUUAACUCUACCUACAGUGGGGGAAAAAAGUAUUUAGUCAGCCACCAAUUGUGCAAGUUCUCCCACUUAAAAAGAUGAGAGAGGCCUGUAAUUUUCAUCAUAGGUACACGUCAACUAUGACAGACAAAAUGAGGAAAAAAAUUCCAGAAAAUCACAUUGUAGGAUUUUUUAUGAAUUUAUUUGCAAAUUAUGGUGGAAAAUAAGUAUUUGGUCAAUAACAAAAGUUUCUAAAUACUUUGUUAUAUACCCUUUGUUGGCAAUGACACAGGUCAAACGUUUUCUGUAAGUCUUCACAAGGUUUUCACACACUGUUGCUGGUAUUUUGGCCCAUUCCUCCAUGCAGAUCUCCUCUAGAGCAGUGAUGUUUUGGGGCUGUCGCUGGGCAACACGGACUUUCAACUCCCUCCAAAGAUUUUCUAUGGGGUUGAGAUCUGGAGACUGGCUAGGCCACUCCAGGACCUUGAAAUGCUUCUUACGAAGCCACUCCUUCGUUGCCCGGACGGUGUGUUUAGGAUCAUUGUCAUGCUGAAAGACCCAGCCACAUUUCAUCUUCAAUGCCCUUGCUGAUGGAAGGAGGUUUUCACUCAAAAUCUCACGAUACAUGGCCCCAUUCAUUCUUUCCUUUACACGGAUCAGUCGCCCUGGUCCCUUUGCAGAAAAACAGCCCCAAAGCAUGAUGUUUCCACCCCCAUGCUUCACAGUAGGUAUGGUGUUCUUUGGAUGCAACUCAGCAUUAUUUGUCCUCCAAACACGACGAGUUGAGUUUUUACCAAAAAGUUCUAUUUUGGUUUCAUCUGACCAUAUGACAUUCUCCCAAUCCUCUUCUGGAUCAUCCAAAUGCACUCUAGCAAACUUCAGACGGGCCUGGACAUGUACUGGCUUAAGCAGGGGGACACGUCUGGCACUGCAGGAUUUGAGUCCCUGGCGGCGUAGUGUGUUACUGAUGGUAGGCUUUGUUACUUUGGUCCCAGCUCUCUGCAGGUCAUUCACUAGGUCCCCCCGUGUGGUUCUGGGAUUUUUGCUCACCGUUCUUGUGAUCAUUUUGACCCCACGGGGUGAGAUCUUGCGUGGAGCCCCAGAUCGAGGGAGAUUAUCAGUGGUCUUUUAUGUCUUCCAUUUCCUAAUAAUUGCUCCCACAGUUGAUUUCUUCAAACCAAGCUGCUUACCUAUUGCAGAUUCAGUCUUCCCAGCCUGGUGCAGGUCUACAAUUUUGUUUCUGGUGUCCUUUGAUAGCUCUUUGGUCUUGGCCAUAGUGGAGUUUGGAGUGUGACUGUUUGAGGUUGUGGACAGGUGUCUUUUAUACUGAUAACAAGUUCAAACAGGUGCCAUUAAUACAGGUAACGAGUGGAGGACAGAGGAGCCUCUUAAAGAAGUUGUUACAGGUCUGUGAGAGCCAGAAAUCUUGCUUGUUUGUAGGUGACCAAAUACUUAUUUUCCACCAUAAUUUGCAAAUAAAUUCAUUAAAAAUCCUACAAUGUGAUUUUCUGGAGAAAAAAAAUGCUCAAUUUGUCUGUCAUAGUUGACGUGUACCUAUGAUGAAAAUUACAGGCCUCUCAUCUUUUUAAGUGGGAGAACUUGCACAAUUGGUGGCUGACUAAAUACUUUUUUCCCCCACUGUACAUGUACAUAUUACCUCAAUUACCUCGACUAACCUGUGCCACCACACAUUGACUCUGUACCGGUACCCCCUGUAUAUAGCCUCGCUACUGUUAUUUUACUGCUACUCUGUAAUUAUUUUUAAUUUUAAUUUUUUUGUUAUCUAUUUUUUACUUAACACUUAUUUUUCUUAAAACUGUAUUGUUGGUUAAUGGCUUGUAAAUAAGCAUUUCACUGUAAGGUCUACACCUGUUGUAUUCGGCGCAUGUGACAGAUAUCAUUUGAUUUGAUUUGAUUUGUAUUACCUCUCAUACACUAUAUUAGGCCCAGCCUUUGGAACUUUGGUUUUCCUAGAUAUGGCUACUAUAUUGUGAUCACUACACCCAAUGGAUCUGUAUACUGCUUUCAUGCUAAUUUCUGCAGCAUUAGUAUAGAUGUGCUCAAUACAUGUUGAUGAUUUAAUUCCUGUGCUGUAUCAGUCAACCCUGGUAGGUUGACUGAUAACCUGAACCAGGUUGCAGGCACUGGUUACAGUUUUAAGCUUUUUCUUGAGUGGGCAGCUUGCUGAAAGCCAGUCAAUGUUUAAAUCACCCAGAAAAUAUACCUCUCUGUUAAUAUCACAUAUACAUUAUCAAGCAUUUUACACAUUAGGCAGAUGAACCUGUAGCCAUAUUGCUUCAACAGUAUUUACCAUGAAAUCCUCUCUAAGCUUUACAGGAAUGUGAUUCUGAAUAUAAACAGAAACACCGCCACCAUUGGCAUUUCUGUAUUUUCUGUAGAUGUUAUAACCAUGUAUUGCUACCACUGUAUCAUCAAAGGUAUUAUCUAAGUGAGUUUCACGUGUUUUGUUUCCAAAAGGUUUUGAAAUUGUCAACAAAAGUUACAACCAUUGAGCUGCAAUAAUCACGUAGCCAGUUGUGAAGAGAAAUAAUCCUGCUAAAGCAUUCAAUGCUAUGAUUCAGAGAUGGCGCAGGGCCAGAUAUGAUUGGUCUUUUAUUAGUGUCUAGCAGGGAAUAAAUCAGCUCUUUAAAAUCUAGUUUCAACUGUUCAGAGCUGCCCUUCAUAAUGUCAUUAAAACCCACAUGGACUACGAUAGAAUCAAUUUCCAUGUCCUGGCGUAGAACAUUCAGGAGCAGCUUAGUAAUGUCAUUUACUCAAGCUUCGGGAUAGGACAUAAUUUUUGCACCAGGAACAGUCACAUUUCUUACCAUGGAGCUGCCCAAAAUCAUGGCUGCCGAGAAAUGUUACUCAUUUUAAGGUUGAAUAAAUACUGUUACAUUAGUUUGUAAGAGCCUUAACUUUAGGCUGUUUAUUGUAUUACAAAAGUAUUAUUGAAUUGUGUUUGGUUGACAACGCAACCAAAUAUCAACAUUUAAAGGAUUUCUAAUUAUUGGAUAGUUUCAUCUGAUCCACUGGCUUAAUCCUAUUCUUUAACUUUUAUUUUUGGUUUAGUUGGAGACGUGAAACCAACAUAUAAUUUGUUGACAAGUUAUUAAGCUAUUUACUGUAUUGCAAAAGUGAUAUUGAAUUGUGUUUGGUUGUCAAUGCAACCAAAUAUUAACAUUUAAAGUGCAUUUAAAGUUUGAUUUGAUUAGGUUUUUGGGUUGAGAUGGAGACGUGAAUCCAACAUAUCAAUUAUUAACUGGAAUUAAAGCCAGAAGCACAGAUGGAACUAUCCAAGCAGGGCCAUGUUAUACGGUAUCCUUGGGACGUCCCAACUUUGAUGUUACCCCAUUGAAGUUGAAAUUGAAAAUGGUUAAGGUAAGGGUUAAGGUUGAAACAUCACAUCACAGUUGAAAAAUAUAUGGCAAAUAGAAAUGAAUGUUCUUCAGAGAUAGAUGGGAGGGGUUGAGGGUAGCUGAAGGAUGGGACUAAAAACAAACAAAAGAUAACUAUUGUAAAAUAUACUGUCCGUAAAAUGUAUAUAGUAUGUAUAAGCUGGAAGUAGAAGCCUAAGUGUUGGUGUCCAUUAGUUUACUCCAAUUAGGGGAGUUAGGGUUAGCGGAAUAUAAUAAAGGAAAAAAAACCAGCAAAAACAUGGUUUAAGUUUGGGAUUAAGCUUAGGCAAGGGUUAUGGUUAGGGUUAGGGUCGGGGUUAAGGUUUGGGUUUAGGGUAGGGAUGUCCCAAGGAUCCCUGAUAGCACUAACCAUAGUGCUAUCAGUUAAAGAAUAGGACUAAAUCUAAUCUAAUCAAACUUUAAAGUUGCAUUAUGCAGAAAUCUCUCUGCCAUUUCCUGGUUGCUAAAAUAGUUCUCAUAGUUCGCUUAAUUUCAGUUUAUGUGACAAAACAAGCAAGUAUAGUGUAGAGAAUCAGUGUACCAUCUAAACCGCUGUGAAAUAUAUUUUUCAUGACCAAAAAUAUUGUAUUUUCAGCUGUUUGAAGCUGUUGUACAAAACCGAAAGUAAAAGAUGCAAAAACGAAAUUUAAGAAAGGGAAGCAUAGAAAUAAAUCACAUAGAACAGCUCUACCGCUUCUUAGACUUGCUUUCAAUGAGAAUGACAGAUCUAUAACUCACAUUUCUAUGUGAAUUUGGUCGGGUCACCCAAAAAGUUACAUAUUGCAGCUAUAAAUGCACUUUAAAUAAAAAUUGAUUUGAUUUAGUACUAUUCUUUAACUUUGAUUUUUGGUUGAGAUGGAGACAUGAAUGGGAGACCAAAUGAAUAGCUGUAGAUAGCUCAACUCUACAGUAGGAGGUGCUGCACAGCCUAUUGUUUUUUUCUGAUAGUGGAUAUAACAUUGAAGAUCUGACGUUGUUUCUAUGGUUACAAAUUCAACAUAUUUUAUACAAUGUUUGUCUAUGUUGAAAAUUGGUUAGAAUGAUGACAUAAUUCUGUGGUUGAAAUUUCACCCUGAAAACAAUACUUUUUAAAAAUCCAAUGUAUCCAAUCCAAUGUAUUUUCCAGGUAGAUUCCACAUCACAAUACAACGACAAAUUACGUUGAAACAACAUUGAUUCAACCAGUUUGUGCCCAGUGGGUCUUAUCCAGAGCGACUUACAUUUAGUGCAAAUAAUGUGGACAAAUCAGCUACUUCUACCACUCUAAAUUUCAAGCCUCUGCCUCUAACCCUAGGAAGCUCUUUGCCACCGUCUCCUCCCUGCUGAAUCCUCCUCCUCCUCCCCCUCCCUCCUCCCUCUCUGUGGAUGACUUCGUCAAUCAUUUUGAAAAGAAGGUUGACGACAUCCGAUCCUCAUUUAUUAAGUCAAAUGACACAGCUGGUCCUGCUCACACUGCCCUACCCUAUGCUUUGACUUCUUUCUCUCCUCUCUCUCCAGAUGAAAUCUUGCGACUUGUGACGGCCGGCCGCCCAACAACCUGCCCGCUUGACCCUAUCCCAUCCUCUCUUCUCCAGACCAUUUCCAGAGACCUUCUCCCUUACCUCACCUCGCUCAUCAACUCAUCCUUGACCGCUGGCCAUGUCCCUUCCGUCUUCAAGAGAGCGAGAGUUGCACCCCUCCUCAAAAAACCUACACUCGAUCCCUCCGAUGUCAACAACUACAGACCAGUAUCCCUUCUUUCUUUUCUCUCCAAAACUCUUGAGCGUGCCGUCACAAGCCAACUCUCCUGCUAUCUCUCUCAGAAUGACCUUCUUGAUCCAAACCAGUCAGGUUUCAAGACUGGUCAUUCAACUGAGACUGCUCUUCUCUGUGUCACGGAGGCUCUCUGCACUGCUAAAGCUAACUCACUCUCCUCUGCUCUUAUCCUUCUAGACCUAUCCGUUGCCUUUGAUACUGUGAACCAUCAGAUCCUCCUCUCCACCCUCUCCGAGUUGGGCAUCUCCGGCGCUGCUCACUCUUGGAUUUCGUCCUACCUGACAGGUCGCUCCUACCAGGUGGCGUGGCGAGAAUCUGUCUCCGCACCACGUGCUCUCACCACUGGUGUCCCACAGGGCUCAGUUCUAGGCCCUCUCCUAUUCUCUCUAUACACCAAGUCACUUGGCUCUGUCAUAUCCUCACAUGGUCUCUCCUAUCAUUGCUACACAGACGACACACAAUACAUUUUCUCCUUUCCCCCUUCUGAUAACCAGGUGGCAAAUCGCAUCUCUGCAUGUCUGGCAGACAUAUCAGUGUGGAUGUCGGAUCACCACCUCAAGCUGAACCUUCGGCAAGACGGAGCUGCUCUUCCUCCCGGGGAAGGACUGCCCGCUCCAUGAUCUCGCCAUCACGGUUGACAACUCCAUUGUGUCCUCCUCCAAGAGUGCAAAGAACCUUGGCGUGACCCUGGACAACACCCUGUCAUUCUCCGCUAACAUCAAAGCGGUGACCCGAUCCUGCAGGUUCAUGCUCUACAACAUUUGCAGAGUACGACCCUACCUUACACAGAAAGCGGCACAGGUCCUAAUCCAGGCACAUGUCAUCUCCCGUCUGGAUUACUGCAACUCGCUGUUGGCUGGGCUCCCUGCCUGUGCCAUUAAACCCCUACAACUUAUCCAGAACGCCGCAGCCCGUCUGGUGUUCGACUUUCCCAAGUUCUCUCAUGUCACCCCGCUCCUCCGCACACUCCACUGGCUUCCAGUUGUGGCUCGAAUCUACUACAAGACCAUGGUGCUUGCCUACGGAGCUGUGAGGGGAACGGCACCUCCUUAUCUUCAGGCUCUGAUCAGACCCUACACCCAAACGAGGGCACUACGUUCAUCCACCUCUGGCCUGCUAGCUCCCCUACCUCUACGAAAGCACAGUUCCCACUCAGCCCAGUCCAAAGCUAUUUGCUGCUCUGGCACCUCAAUGGUGGAACAAGCUCCCCCACGACGCCAGGACAGCGGAGUCACUGACCACCUUCCGGAGACACUUGAAACCCUACCUCUUUAAGGAAUACCUGGAAUAGUAUAAAGUAAUCCUUCAUACCCCCCCCCCCCCCCCCCCCCCCCCUCCCCCCCCCAAAAAAAGUGGUUGUCCCACUGGCUAUCAUAAAUUGAAUGCACCAAUUUGUAAGUCGCUCUGGAUAAGAGCGUCUGCUAAAUGAUGUAAAUGUAAAAGUAUUUGAAAGUAUUUUCAAAUAACUUCCUAUAAAAAGCCUAAACUAUUUUCAAAUACUUAUUUCCAGAUACAGUAUUUCAAAUACCCCUAGCAACAAACUAGCCUUGCAUGUCACCCUGAUCUCUCGAGCUUACAGGAAUGGUUCGCUAUCCGUGCGUCGAACCAUUCAUGUAAGCUUGAGAGAUCAGGGUGGCAUGUGAGUCUAGGACCAGACCUGGGUUCAAAUGCAUGGAGUAUUUAAAUAUUUGUAUUUGAAAAUACACUCUGUGUAUUUGAGUAUUUUCAAAUACAUGCCAAUACCUUCCAAGUGUAUUUCCAAAUAUACCCCAUAUCAACUCUUGUUCCUCUUUCUUUUCUUAACUUGCGUGUCUUUGUCUGUUCCUAAAUAUUUUGAAUACUUCGAGGAAAAUCACUCAGACUAUUGGAUGACCCCACCUAGACAUACUCUUAGUUCCUUCUUUCUUCUCUCUCUGGCUGUUUCUUUCUGUCUGCCUCGAACAUUCAGGUGAGAUUUCUCUCUCAUCUCCUCUCCUCUCCUCCUCUCUCUCUCUCUCUCUCUCCUCUCCCCCCCCCCCCCCCUCUCUCUCUACCCCCCCCUCUCUCCUUGCUGUGGAGGAACCGAUUGAUGAUGGGCAGCUCAACCAUGGACUCUCUGUGCAUGCAUGUGUGUUUGGGUGGUCGUGUGUGUGUCAGGGCAGGCGUGAUGUGACCUGUCAGUGCUGUAAUGAAGUGCUGGUAUGCUGCUCCCACAGUGUGAGCAGACACAGCCGCAGAUGUGUAUGUGUGUGUGUUUGUGUGUGUGUAUGUGUGCGUUGUCAGUGUGUGUGUGUAUGUGUGUGAUCCAGCAUUAGAUAUCUCCCUUGGGGCUGUCUCAAAACUAAUGUCACAUUUCCUUAUUAGAGCCUUUGCUCCAAAGCACCAAAGCAGUACACAUUUUUGUUUUAGCCCUGGACAAACAUACCUCAUUCAACUCAUUGAGGACUUGAUGAUUAGUUGACAAGUUGAAUCAGGUGUGCUUGUCAAGGGUUACAAUCAAAUGCGAACUUUUAGGGGUACUUGAGGACCAGGGUUGGGAACCACUGCUGCACAGUAUACUGACUGACUCCAUAACCAGAUACUCUCUGAGCUUCCACUCAUAUUAUGGAGAGUUUCCACUCAUAUUAAGCAGCUAAUACUCCGUUCCCUGUGGUAGAGGCCUUCAGAGGGCUGGGGAGGGUAAUGGAAGGCCCUCAGCUCUGCUCCUAAAUUAGAUUACAUACUAAAUGACUGCAAUUUCCGAGCUGUUCCACCGCUUCUUACGACCUUCGCUCCUCACCACUCCUUAAAACCCCAUCUCAUAUCUACAGAAGGCGAGAGAGGAUGCGUCCCAAAUGGCAUCCUAUUCCUAUUCCAUUAUAGAGCACUACUUUUGACCAGGGCCAUAGUGUUCCAUUUGGGAAACAGCCAUAGUGAGGCCUGGAGGCUACAUGGGAAUAAUGGGAAUUAUGCUGGUGUAAUGGGUGACCUAGCUUCUCUUGGAUUAACCAGACACUAUGAGAUCAAUCUGCUACAGUUUCCCAGGUUGACUGCCAUAUUAUGCCCUGUUAGGUCUGGUGCUUCUUCAGACCUGGGUAUGUCCCAAAUGAAAUCCUAUUCCCUAUUUAGUGCACUACUUUUGACCAGGGUCCAUCAAAAGUAGUAUCUUCAAAUCAAAUCAAAUCAAAGCACAUUUUAUAUGCCACAUGCGGCAAAUACAACAAGUGUAGACAUUACAGUGAAAUGCUUACUUACAAGCCCUUAACCAACAAUGCAUUUUUUAAAGAAUCUUUUUUUUUUGUGUGUUAAGUAAAAAAAAAGAACAGCAAAUAACUAAAGAGCAGCAGUAAAAUAAAAUAACAGUAGGGAGGCUAUAUACAGGGGGGUACCGGUGCAGAGUCAAUGUGCGGGGGCACCGGCUAGUCGAGGUAAUUGAGGUAAUAUGUACAUGUGGGUAGAGUUAAAGUGACUAUGCAUAAAUAAUAGACAGAGUAGCAGCAGCGUAAAAGAGGGGGGUGGGGGUGGGGGGGCAGUGCAAAUAUUCCGGGUAGCAAUGAAUAGCUGUUCAGGAGUCUUAUGACUUGGGGGUAGAAGCUGUGGUAGUGCCUUGCAGUCGGAGGCCGAGCAGUUGCCAUACCAGGCGGUGAUGCAACCAGUAAGGAUGCUCUCGAUGGUGCAGCUGUAGAACUUUUUGAGGAUCUGAGGACCCAUGACAAAUCUUUUCUCUCUCUCUCCUCUCCAUCUGACUCUCUUUUUCUCUCUCUCAUCUCUCUAUCUCUCUGUCUGUCUCUCUCUCUCUGUCUCUCUCUCUCUCUUUUUUCUCUCUUUCUCUCUCUUACUCACUUUCUCUCUCCCUCUCUCCUCUUCCUCAUCUAUGAGGAAGGAUGAAAGCUAAUACAUCACUAGACUGCCAGGAGAGGAAGAGGAGGAGAGAGAGCAGGAGGGAGGAAGAGAAAAAAGGACUGGAGGAAGGAGGAGUGACAGGGAGAGGUUUUAUUUUGGAGAGGGGAAUAUUUUGACGUGGCAGACAUUUUUCUCCUAACUCAGCACUUUGGUAAUCUUUAUGAUUAGAAUACAUUCAGCGUUGAGCCGAGGAUGAAGUCUUGUGUGUGUGUGUGUACAUGUGGGUAUACAUGUGUGUACGCCGUAACCUGUUCAACUGAAAAGCAGGCCCUGACUCCCCCUUCUUCUUCUCUCCACUCCUCUUGCAGAAGAAGAGCCGAGAGGAGAGUUGUGGUGAGGGCAGUGGGGUGGAGAUCCUAGAGAACAAGCCGUAUGAGGAUGGUCCAGGCGGGUCAGGACAGUACACACACAAGGUGUACCACAUCGGGAAACACAUCCCCUCAUGGUUCUGCUCCAUCUUGCCUCAGGCUGCUCUACGCGUGGAAGAGGAGUCCUGGAACGCCUACCCAUACACACGCACACGGUGAGAGACAGUUUGCUACAGCAGGAAAAUAAUGUGAAUUAUUAUGUUGAUUAUAACUAAUGGACAUUUGUGUAGGGGUUGAUACAUUUUUCGUAAGGGAAAAUGAAGUCUGAAAUUUCAAAGUGGAAAUUACAAACUUCAGAAGCCUUUUUAGACCUCAAAUACACUACAAGUUUUACAUUUCCUGCAUUGAAGGAAAGUUAUCUUGCAACAGGGUGAUCAAAUUAAGAUCCUACACCUGUAUAUAGUAUGUACACACACCUUACCAUACACACGCACACGAUGAGAGGGAACACACACGUAUAGUAUGCACACACACCCUACACUCUCUGGAACCAAAAAGGGUUCUUCAAAGGGUUCUCGUAUGUACAUGUAUGCAUGCACACACACUUACAUCAUUACACACAUACAUGUGUGGCCCUGAGGCCCGGAGUUGUGCAUCUCAAACCUACACGCCUACACAAAGACAAGAUGUGAAAGAGACAUUCUCCUAAACCCUCCUCCCCCCUUCUCCCCUUUUUCCACAUUACUCAUCCCUCUCUCUCUCCCUCCCUCUCUCUCCCUCUCUCUCUCCAGGUAUACCUGUCCAUUCGUAGAGAAGUUCUCCAUAGACAUUGAGACGUAUUAUAAACCUGACACAGGAACACAAGAGUGCUUCAAUCUGUCAUCAGCAGAAAAAAGAACAAGGACUGUAGGUAUGUUACACACAUACACACAAGCCUUCUCAAGCCUACUGUUCUCAGUCUCUGUCUGGGCUUCAUGGAUUUCAGAGAGCAGUCAGCAAUUCGCUGUUUCACACACGCUAUGGUCUUUAAGAUGCAGACAGCGUGUGUUCCGUCUUAUACUGCUGCUGAUGUGUUUGAGUGUGAGCUGCUGGCUGGCUUAAUACUGCAACGCCACUCCCACAGUGCAGUGUGGCCCAGACUGACUCUGCAGGGGGAUGAUUACAGAACCACACACACACACAUACACACACAGAGUAAUGUCUAUAGGGGAUAGUAGCUCACGCACACAUAGUACAUUUUACAUUUACAUUUUAGUCAUUUAGCAGAUGCUCUUAUCCAGAGCGACUUACAGUUAGUGAGUACAUACAUUUUCAUACUGGCCCCCUGUGGGAAACGAACCCACAACCCUGGUGUUGCAAGCGCCAUGCUCUACCAACUGAGCUACAGGUGUUUGUCGUUGCUCUUUGUGUGCAGCAGCACAUCUCUCUGACACAGCCACCCAAGCAUGCAAGUGCAUGCAUGCAGGCACACACACACACAACACAUACACACGUAGCAACACACUCUGGUCGUGGAGCAGAGCAGUGAAGACCUCUAGUGGCUUCAAGCCAGCAGUACUAUUGUUCCUCCGACUAACGCUUUUAAAGGCCUGUGCUUUUCUCAAUUCUAUUCUGGUUCCGUCUGCACCCAUUCUCUCCAAAAUUAGACAAAGUCAAGGAAUAUCAAUAAGUAAUCAUCUCAUAAUUCGCUACAUGGCUAAUUUUGGUCUGUGUGCUGUGUGUUUUAUCUCCAGACCCCAUUGACAUUGUGAAGGACUACAUUGCACCCCAUGAGUACCUGGUCGAGGAGGACCCUAAGCUGUACGUAUCAGAGAAAACCCAGCGAGGACCACUGACUGACGACUGGAUCGAACUCAUCAACCAGAAUCCUACCCAGAACACGGUCAUGUGUGCCUACAAGCUCUGCAAGGUGGAGUUCAGAUACUGGGGCAUGCAGUCCAAGAUAGAACGCUUCAUACACGAUGUUGGUAGGUACUGUGUGUGUGUGUGUGCAUAGGCACCUAAGCAAUGGAGCAAACAGAGCAGCUGCACCCCCACUUUCAAAAUAGAGGUGCAAACAUAGGAUUUUGCACCCCCACUUUUUUGCCAUAAAAUAAUAAUUAACAGAUUUAAUUUUGCACCCCCUCCCCCUCAAGAUGAAUGGUUUUGACCACUCAAAGGUUUUGGUUCAGUGCAGUUAGAAAGCACUAGUUGCACGACUGGUUUUUAAAAUGAAUAGACAUCUGCAAAAUAAUUUUUUUUAAAUCUAUUUUGAUGUGCUGUUGUUAAAUUUGUAUCGUUGUUUCAUGUCCGAUGCACUCAGGGUGUUGUUAUUUCAUUUGAGUGGCGCGUUCACCAUGAGCAAAUUCAUCAGUCAUUUUACUUUGGCUGUUUAGACUAGGGAUGCAAAAAACAUCAAGCCUCAUGUCCACCAGAUGCGUCAAACUCUUUGCGUUCCGACUGAAGUCAUUAAUUGUCAAUGGAGCAUUCCGCAAUGCUACGUUUGGAAUGCUGCACUAGGCUGUGGUGCGUUCUGUGUACCGCAUGCGCUCAGUAUUUUAAACUCAUGCGUUGCUUUACCGUGCGGAGGUACAAACAGAAGUUCAUAAACAGCCAAGCUGAUUAAUCCCCGUUUCCAUUGGAACUUUGAAGUCAACCCAGGUUGGGCUGGCCUUGGUGGGCUAGCUCAAAUUGCAUUUCCACUGUCUCCAGAAAUUAGAAAUGAUGUAAUGUUGCUAGGUAGCCAAUAUGUGACUGCAGCUGGCAUCGCGAAUGUAGCUAGCAAGAUGUUGAAGGAUUUAAUUCACCCUUAACAGGGUGUAACUAACGUUACCCCAUACUCUGCCAGUUCCAGCCAGACUCAGAGCCAUGUAUUUAGCUUGCUGACGUUAGCUAGCUAAACGGUUAGCAUCAUCGAUAGCAUAACAGGCUAGCUACAUUGCUUAAUUCCCACCUUGCUUGCCAUGGCAUUGGCUAUUAGCUGCUCAUAUUAGCUCAUAUUUUCUAGCUUGUUUCAACACUGAUUUGGUAGCUAGCAUUCGAGGGCUGACUGUUCUCAUAAAAGUUUAUUGUCUAGUGCAAUAAUGAAUGAAGGAUCCAGCGAUGGUGGAAACCUGCAUGGCCAGUAGCUCGCAGGCUGUCAAUGAGUAGCUCACAAGUAUACUUAAGUAAUAAGGCAUGAAGGGGUGUGGUAUAUUGGCCAUAUACCACAAACCCCCGAGGUGCCUUAUUGCUAUUAUAAAUGUGUUACCAACGUAAUUAGAGCAGUACAAAUACAUGUUUUGUCAUACCGGUGUCAUCCAAUCUGCAUUCAGGGCUCCAACCACCCAGUUUAUAAUGAAAAAUAAUCAGUAGGACUAUAUUACAUAAUUAAAUGUGACAUAUUUUUUCUCCCCAAGCUGUUCACAGGUAUUUAACACCAUUUUUGUCAUCUAUUUUCCCAACAUCAAUCGGUUAAAUUACAUUAUUAAAAUGUUUUCAUUCAGUUACAAUAGUAACAGUCCUGGCUGAGCCCCAUAUGCGAGCGCACCGUUGCCACUUCGCGGUUACAAUGUAGCCAAGCUGUGUCUGUGUGCACCUAUGAUGAAAAAGCACAGGAUAUUUGUACCUCGAUAAAAACAGCUCUGUUUGGCUUGGUAAGUAAUAUCGACCAAAUAAGCAAUUUCUACCCUAGUUGCAUCAAAUAUGUGAGACAAGUUAAUAAAUUAAAAAAAUGAUGGUGAUGUUGUGACUGCGCUUCAAACAACAGCACCAAAAAAGUUAAUGUUGUAAAAAAGUGGAACGGUCAACGGCUUGCUGAGACUACACUUUUGUUAUUCCUCAUACUUUUCAUGAUUAUUCUGUUUUUUCACAAUUUCUUAUCCAAUAUGUAGCCUACUCACUGUGGUGUGUUGUUUAAAAGGCCAUUAUUAAACAGAAUGACCAUUUUAUAGUAGCCUAUUCCUGUAACUGCAGGUUACAGAUUUGUUCAAAUGUAAAACUAUUUUAUUUGAUCUCAUCUUAAAAAGGCAAGAUUCUCAAGGUAGGCUAAAGGAGAAUGAUUUUUGUUCAAAAUGUGUGGUUUUAAGAACCAAAACGCAAUCACAUUAUGUAUGCAGAGAGUGCUGUUCUUUGUUUUUAUUCAUUCAAUUAGGCCUGCACAAUAAUAAAAUAUGCAAGCGGUAGCCUAUAUGAGUAGGUCGAAUAAUUUUCAUUUUUUAAUGAAGUAGCUCUUAUUAAAGAAGAGGUUGGAGACCCCUGUUCCACCCCAAACUGUUCAAAUAUUACCCAUAUUACCAAAGCUACAUUUUAUUAUUUUUAUUGCAGAUUUGGGGCCGCAAUUUAUGGAUAUAGCUGCUAAAAAUAUUGCACAAUAAUGAUUAAAUUAAUCAUACGUAUGCAAUAUUGUUUUUAUGUGAGCAUAAUCUAUGACCAAAUGUAAAUGCAAAACUCCAGUUUACAUUUUCAAGUUGACAGUUCUUGUUCAAUGCCCUACCAGAUAAUAUCGCCAUAUUGAGAAACAUCAAAAUUCACAUUUAUAAUUAUACUACAUUACUGUGAUCACAUUAUUUGUGACAAAAAUAAAAAUAAAACUUAAUGUGCAAUUUAACUAUGUUUUUACUUAACCUACUAAGUACAACAUUCUAAUUCUUAUUGGGUAAAAUAAUGAUAUUCCUCACAUUUUCGAUUUUAUUUCCUCAUUGUCAUGCAUUAUCCUGGCCACAUUCUUAACAGUUUGGCCUGUCAAUCGAUCACUGUGGCUGGGAUUGUCAGGGAAGAAGGCGGGAUGUUUGUGAGUCACUGGGUUGGUUUCAGACCUGGAGAGAUGUGUGGGGAAGGAAGGAAGAGAAAACGAGAAAAGAUGAGAAAAAGACAGUAGGACUGAGAAUGAGAGAUCGUGAAUGAGAGAGUGAGUGACAGAGGGAGAAGUAGAGCGAAACAUGGUGGUAAUAAAGGAAGAAUGAUGAAGAGCGAGAAAGGGAUGGACGGAGAGAGAGAGAAGAUAAGAAAUUAAUUUCCUGCCAGUGUUCUCCUGUCAGCUCAUCAGUCUGCAUCAUGACAGUGACAGUGAUUUACUACUGCUUAAGGCGUCAGUAUGCUUUAGUUCGGGUGGCGACUAGCCAAGCUCGGCUAGCCGAACUGAAGGAGUGUCCUCGCAUACUCCCUUAAAAGACCUUCGCCUGAAAAACGCCCCCAAAAAAGUGUCGAAAAAACCCUCACCGAAGUUCAAAUGAAUUUCACAAAAUGUCAUCAUAAAACAGUGCAUUCGGAAAGUAUUCAGACCCCUUGACUUUUUCCACAUUAGGUUAGGUUACAGCCUUAUUCUAAAAUUGGAUAAAAUUGUUAUUUUCCCUCAUCAAUCUACACAUAAUACCCCAUAAUGACGAAGCAAAAACUGUUUUUUAGACAUUUUUGCAAAUUAUAUAUAAAAAAAUUAAUUAAUGAAAUAUCACAUUUACAUAAGUAUUCCGAACUUUACUCAGUACUUUGUUGAAGCACAUUUGGCAGUGAUUACAGCCUCGAGUCUUCUUGGGUAUGACGCUACAAGCUUGGCACACCUGUAUUUGUGGGAGUUUAUCCCAUUCUUCUCUGCAGAUCCUCUCAAGCUCUGUCAAGUUGGAUGGGGAGCGUCGCUGCACAGCUAUUUUCAGGUCUCUCCAGAGAUGUUCGAUCGGCUUCAAGUCCGGGCUCUGGCUGGGCCACUCAAGGACAUUUAGAGAUUUGUCCCGAAGCCACUCCUGCAUUGUCUUGGCUGUGUGCUUUGGGUCAUUGUCCUGUUGGAAGGUGAACCUUCACCUCAGUCUGAGGUCCUGAGCGCUCUGGAGCAGGUUUUCAUCAAGGAUCUCUCUGUACUUUGCUCCGUUCAUCUUUCCCUCGAUCCUGACUAGUCUCCCAGUCCCUGCCGCUGAAAAACAUCCCCAAAGCAUGAUGCUGUCACCACCAUGCUUCACCGUAGGUAUGGUGCCAGGUUUCCUCCAGACGCUUGGCAUUCAGGCCAAAGAGUUCAAUCUUGGUUUCAUCAGACCAGAGAAUGUUGUUUCUCAUGGUCUGAUAGUCCUUUAGGUGCCUUUUGGCAAACUCCAAUCGGGCUGUCAUGUGCCUUUUACUGAGGAGUGGCUUCCGUCUGGCCACUCUACCAUAAAGGCCUGAUUGGUGGAGUGCUGGACGGUUGUCCUUCUGGAAGGUUCUCCCAUCUCCACAGAGGAACUCUGGAGCUCUGUCAAAGUGACCACCUCUCUGACCAAGGCCCUUCUCCCCCGAUUACUCAGUUUGGCCGGGCGGCCAGCUCUAGGAAGAGUCUUGGUAGUUCCAAACUUCUUUCAUUUAAGAAUGACGGAGGCCACUGUGUUCUUGGGGACCUCGCUGUAGAAUUUUUUUGGUACCCUUCCCCAGAUCCUGUCUCGGAGCUCUACGGACAAUUCCUUCGACCUCAUGGCUUGGUUUUUGCUCUGACAUGCACUGUGAACUGUGGGACCUUAUAUAGACAGGUGUGUGCCUUUCCAAAUCAUGUCCAAUCAAUUGAAUUUACCACAGGUGGACUCCAAUCAAGUUGUAGAAACAUCUCAAGAAUGAUGAAUGGAAACAUUAUGCACCUGAGCUCAAUUUCGAGUCUCAUUUUUUUUUUUUCUGAGGCCAGCACCGACCCUAACCCGCAAAUAUAGAACAUGUGCUGUACAGUUCCCUUUUCUUUCUCUUCAACAUUUAUUGAACAAUUACGUUUUUCUUCCAUAUUUAUUAAACUCAAAUGGAAUUAUAUUUGUCACAUGCGCCGAAUACAACAGGUGUAGAAUGUACUGUGAAAUGCUUACUUACGAGCCCUUUCUCAAUAAUGCAGAGUAAAAAAGUAAAUAGUAAUACAAUAAAGUAACGAGACUAUAUACAAGGAGUACCGGUACUGAGUCAGUGUGCAGGAGUAUGAGGUAGGUGAGGAAAUUGAGGGAAUAUGUACAUGUAGGUAGGGGUAAAAGUGACUAGGCAAUCAGGAUAGAUAAUUAACAGAGUAGCAGCAGCGUAUGUGAAGAGUGUGUCUGUGUGUGUGUGUGGCGUCAAUAUGCAUGUGUUUUGUGUGUGUGAGCGUAUGUAGUGUGUGUGUGUGUUGGAGAGUCAGUGUAGUAUGUGUGAGUGUUUGGGUAGUCAAGCGAGUGUGCAUAGAGCUGGCGCAAGAGAGUCAGUGCAAAUAAAAAGGGGGUGAAUACAACUAUUCAGGGUAGCCAUUUGAUUAACUGUUCAGUAGUCUUAUGGCUUGGGGGUAGAAGCUGUUCAGGAGCCUUUUGGUCCCAGACUUGGCGCUUCGGUACCGCUUGCCGUGCGGCAGCAGAGAGAACAGUCUAUGACUUGGGUGGCUGGAGUCUUUGACAAUAUUUAGGGCCUUCCGCUGACACUGCCUGGUAUACAGGUCCUGGAUGGCAGGGAGCACGGCCCCUGUGAUGUACUGGGCCGUACGCAUUACUGUCUGUAGCUAAGCAGUUGCCAUACCAAGAGGUGAUGCCACCAGUCAAGAUGCUCUCAAUGGUGCAGCUGUAGAACUUUUUGAGAAUCUGAGAGCCAAUGCCAAAUAUUUUCAGCCCCUUGAGGGGGAAGAGGCGUUGUCGUGCCUUCUUCACGACUGUGUUGGUGUGUUUGGACCAUGAUAAUUCCUUAGUGAUGUGGACACUGAGGAACUUGAAGCUCUCUACCCGCUCCAUGACAGCCCCGUCAAUGUGAAUGGGUGCGUGCUCGGCCCUCCGUUUCUCUGUAGUCCACGAUCAGCUCCGUCUUACCUCAUUGAAUAUUUAGGCCUAUUGAACAGUAGCCUACUGUUUUUCUGAAACAACAAAUUUCCAACAAUAGACUAAAUUGACACUGUGCGCAUGCUUUUGUGAAAAAGUCAAACAAUAAAUCACACCCUCCGCAUGCUUUUAUGAAAAGACCUACGCACUAAUGCCAGAUAAAAAUAAUGAAAGAAAAACCUCAAUGUAGCCUAUAAAUAUGAAUAUUGAAAUAAUUGCACAAUAAUUAUUAUGGAUUUUUUAAAUGCAUUUUUUUCUCUUUAUUCACCCGCUGUUCAUCCACACAAUAUUUAAUUAACCAAAACCCGCCCGUUCCGAGGAUAUAACCACAGGGACUGCAGGUUAUGAGUCAACCCGCGCAUCACUAACACACACUGACCUACUGCUGUUUGUUUAUAUACACUCUCUUAAUUUAUACACAAAGCUCAUUUAAUCAUCUCGUGUUAUGGCUGAGUUGAAUGUUGAAUCACCUGCUAGGUGUGUGUUUGUGUUGUACCUGUGUGUCUAGUAUAUGUGUGUUGUGUGUGUGACUGCUCAGUGUGUUGUUCCUGUAUGGCGCUUGUUCAGUACAUUAUGACUGACAGGCUCAUUAGUUUAUUUCUAAUGAAUGCAUGCACGAUUGAUGGGUAUUGAGAGAAAGGAAAAUAAUUAAAUUGAUUGGAAUUGAGAGAGAGAUCGCUGUGAUAAUGUUAUUAAUCUCCUGCUCUUCCCUCCCACCUCCUCCUCCUCCCCUGCGUAAGGUGAUGGUGUGUUAGUUAGUUAGUUAUCAUACUAACCUGUCCUCUCCACCACCCCUCCACCCAGGCCUGCGUAAGGUGAUGGUGCGGGCCCACCGGCAGGCAUGGUGCUGGCAAGAUGAGUGGUAUGGUCUGACCAUAGAGGACAUCAGACAGCUGGAGCUGGAGACCCAGCUAGCCCUGGCCAGGAAGAUGGCCCAGUACAGCCUCAAUGACACAGAGGAGGGGGCGGCAGAGACCAACGGGACUCCUCCCAACCCUGACCAGGACCAGGAGGGGGUGAAGGCCCUGGGGGAGGCGGGAGAGGUGGACGGAGGACGGACAGGGCUGGGAGAUACAUUACAGACGCGUGGAGAGCUCACCAAGCAGUGGUCGACUUCGUCCAAGUCGUCUAAUAGAUCCUCUAAGAGAGGAGGUUAGUGGGGAAUGCAUUUCUCUGUUCAAUAAUUACCAACUUCCCAAGUCCCAAAGUCUCAAAUCAACCCCGAGAGAAUAGUUCCCUCACUGAUGCAACUCCUAUUCCUAUUUCCUGUCCACACAGGAAGCCCCGUCCACCAGAACAUCUCAGAGUGGCGGAUGCAGAGUAUCGCUCGUGACUCAGAGGACAGCACAGACGACGAGUUCUUUGACGCUCACGGUUUGCUAGGACAUUUUAUUACAGACCACUAUUACAGUUACUACAUCAGCUGUUACUUAAUGUGGUUAUAUGACUGUUAUUACAUGUUAUUACAACAUCAACUGUUACUGAUGUUAUACUGAUGUUAUACUGAUGUCUGUCUCCUCAGAGGACUUCUCUGGAAAUGAGGAGAUGUUGUUACAUGCCAAGGAGAUGACCAAGUGGAGUUCCAACGACCUAAUGGACAAGAUGGAGACUACAGAGACGGAGGGCCAGGGUAGGACCACACACGCGCGCAAGCACCCACACACACACACACACACACACACACACACACACAUACACACACACACCUAGUUAAGGCAUAUGUAUACAUUGAAAUCACUGGCCACUUUAAGAAAUGGAACACUAGUCACUUUAAUAAUGUUUACAUAUCUUGCACUACUCAUCUCAUAUGUAUAUACUGCAUUCUAUUCUAUAAUAUUCUACCGUAUCUUAGUCCAUGCCGCUCUGUCAUUGCUUGUCCAUAUAUGUAUAUAUUCUUAAAUCCCAUUCCUUACUAGUUUUGUGUGUAUUGGGUAUAUGUUGUGAAAUUGUUAGAUAUUACUUGUUAGAUAUUACUGCACUGUCGGAGCUAGAAGCACAAGCAUUUCGCUACACCCGAUAUAACAUCUGCUAAACACGUGUAUGUGACAAAUAAAAUUUGAUUUGAUUUGAUGUAGUAAUGUAUGCGUGUAAGUCUGUAAUGUCUAUGCUAAUAUUUUUAAAUGUAUGUCAAUUGUAAAGUAUUUUUGUCUAUAAUGUCUUUUUCGUUAUGUGUCGGACCCCAGGAAGACUAGCUGUCGCCUUUGGCGUCGGCUAAUGGGGAUCCCAGUAAAAUCUAAAUCGAAACAGACACACACACACACACACACACACUCGCUCCAUUCGUCAUUAAGAUUUCAGACUUUCAUGUCCUAUAUCGUCCUUCAGGAAGUUCAUUUGUUCAAUGAAAAAUAAUUGUGCAUGUGUGUUGGUGUGUUUGUUUACAGAGAGCCUGUAUCAGGAGUCGGGUGAAGGGUAUGCAGUCACCAGUAGUGAGGAGAGACUCCUUGAGGUAUGCUUCCAAUGUAACAUCUCUUCAUCUAGACCCCAGGAAGAGUAGCUGCUGCUUCAGAAAAAGCUAAUGUGGAUCCAAAUAAACAAAUGGCAGUAUGAAGAACGUACGAGAGUAGUAAACAACAUUAUGAGUUCUCACAGAGGGUUACUAACUAUAGCUUCAUAAGUUCUUAAGAAAAUGUAAUAACAAUACAUUAACAACAAUGUUUGCAGUCAAACUGUGCAUCUUUGGACCUAGCCCUCAGUGCACUGUGGUUCAGAGGGGGUUUGUAGCCUUUAGGACUCCAAAGCCCUGUGGUGUGAGUAGGUUCACAUUAGUAGGGUGUUGUGUUAGUUGAUCAUCCUGUAGGCUGUAAAAAAUAUGUUGUUUUAUUUCUGAUAGAGAGUGGUGGAAUUGUCUCUUUUUCUAUUUCAAAUCCAUGCCUUUCAUUUACAUGAUUUUACCCCUUCACAGGAGAGAGUGCGAAUGUUGAUUGGUAACUAAUCAACGUCCGCACUCUCUCCUCCUCUUUCUCCCGUAGGAUGGGUUGUCUCAGCAGUGUCUGGCGCCCUCGAAGAUCCACGUUCUCGUCCUGGUGCUUCACGGGGGUAACAUCCUAGACACUGGAGCAGGUAUAAAAUAUAACAACUUCAUUUAUAAAGUAGACAACACUUAAACUGUUACAGUAAACACUUACAGUCAUCUUACUUUGUUUGUUCUUGUAAAGACAAUGUAACAAUAUUGUAUUACUAUUUACUCAUAAUUAUUCCCAGGUGAGCCAAGUAGUAAGCAGGCGGACGUCAACACUCUGACUGGAGCGUUUGAGAGAGUGAUGAGGAUCCAUUACCCAGCAGCCCUAGGACGCAUCGCCAUCCGCAUGGUCCCCUGCCCCGCGGUGUGUGCCGACGCCUUUUCCCUGGUGUCCAAGUGAGUACACACACACAUGUGCGCACACAUGCAUGCACGCACACACACACGCACACACACAUACUCUAACCCUCUAUCUCUCCUGACCAGUCUCAGUCCAUAUAGUUAUGAUGAGGGCUGCCUCUCCAACAGUCAGGACCACAUCCCUCUGGCUGCACUGCCCCUAUUGGCCACCUCCGCUCCCCAGUACCAGGAUGCCGUGGCUACCGUCAUCCAACGAGCCAAUCAGGUGUAUGGGGACUUCUUAAGGUCCUUGGAAGGGACAUCCUUCUCCGGACAGGUCAGUGCAGAGGUCGGGAGUCAAAGUUUAGAGGUCACUGAUGUUUCUGCUAUCUAUUGCUGAUUAUUUUCUAUAUAUUCAACUUAAAGGUGUACGUUCUCUCCUCCUGUAGGUGUGUGUGAUCGGGGACUGUGUAGGUGGUAUCCUAGGGUUUGAUGCUCUGUGCAGCAGUAACGUCCCUGUCUCAGAGAGCCAGAACAGCAGCAGACGAGGCAGCACUGUCAGUGUACAGGUACCUUCCUCUAGUCCUUUCAAUUCCACCCAAAUUCCCUCCUUUAUCUGUGCUGUAAAUCUGACUGCUACUAACUAUGUGUGGCCCCUUCCUCCCUCCCUCUCUCUCUCUCUCUCUCUCUCCUCCUUGCCCUCCAUCUCUCCAGGACACAGACCUCCUCUCCCCAGGCAUCAUAAUAAACAGUGUCUCUCCGUCCUCUCUGUCUUCUCUUCCGACUCUGGAGGGCAGUCGCCAUCUUAGUCGCAGUAACAUCGACAUUCCUCGCAGCUUAGGGCCUGACGACCCCAAGACAAUGCUGCCACGCAAACGCAGUGACUCCUCCACCUACGAACUAGACACCAUCAAACAGCACCAGGCCUUCCUGUCCAGGUGAGACACGUGCGCGCGCACGCACACACACACACACAUUCAAGGUGUAGUGACAAUGACCGUCAUUGUUGUCAAAUGUUCACUUUGCCCAUGUAACUUUUUUACUGUUUAUACCUAACAUGUGACUCUUUCCCCCUCUAUUUUGUCACCCCCUUUCUCUCUCUCCAUCUCUACCCCCCUUCCUUCCUUCCUUCCCUCUCUCUCCCUCCCUCUCCCUCGGUUUCUCCAGUCUCCACAGCAGUGUGUUGAGAACAGACCCGGGGUCGAGGCGCUCCAGCAGUACCAUGCUAGAGGGAGGGGGGGCGCUAGGUAGGCUGGACUUCGAGGUGGCAGACUUCUUCCUCUUUGGUUCUCCUCUGGGGCUGGUGCUGGCGCUGAGGAAGACUGUGGUGCCGUCUAUAGAUGGUGAGGAAGACCUUCAUCAGAGGUUGAUCUCAGUAGCCAGUAGACUAUACUAGACUAUACUGUAGACUAUAGGCUAUAUUCCGACUGCAGCCAACAGUCUUUGCCAUGCAUGGAGUUGGCCUUUUAAGGAGUUGGCUAAAGCAGAAAUAGACUAUAAGCAAAGUCACCACUUUUCAUGAUCGUAUUUACAGAAAGUAUCACAUUUUAGUGAGAAGCUGUAAACUAAGCUACUCAGCACCUGUGCGGUGACAGUGUCUUUUCCUGCAGCUGUGGGGUCGGGCUCUGCCAGGACAUCCCUUAAUGAGGUAACAUCAUACUUCAGAGGUUAGAAGUCAUGUUUUAGAUCUCUGAUGCCAGAAGUCCAUUGUAUGUGACAUUCAAGGGAAGACAUUCAAGACACAUGGUCCAAAGUAAAUUAAGAACUAAGAUCAGGAGAUAGGAGGUUUAAAAAAGAGCUGAGAGGCAGCAGAGGAAACAGAGAGGGUUGUGACAUGGUGUCUUCAGGGGUUCCAUGGAGUUCUAGAGAGUUCCAGAGAUGUGACUCGUCAGCAGUUGCCUGUGUCACUUCUGGACCAUUGAGAUAAGAAGCCUUGAUGGAAGUGGUUCAUAGUAUCCUCCAUUGUUUGGUCCAAUGAUUUUCAAUAUGUGAGCUUUGGAAGGAACUCCGAUAGCUGUUCCUGUAUGUAAUUAACGGGAAGAUAUUUUUCUUUACCUCUCUCUCUCUCUCUCCAGUCUCAGCGUUGCGUCCGGCUUGUCAGCAGGUGUAUAACCUGUUUCAUCCAGCGGACCCCUCUGCCUCCCGCCUGGAGCCCCUCCUAGAGAAGAGGUUUCACCAGCUGCCCCCCUUCUGUGUCCCCCGCUACCAACGCUUCCCUCUGGGGGACGGACACUCGGCUCUGCUAGGUGAGGCUAGAUACACAUGCACACGCACACACACACACACACACACACUAUUCCUUUAUGUCUCCGGGAUAUCUCUCCUCCAAAAGCAAGCACUCAACUCGCUGUGUGCUUUGCUUUACAUGUCCAUAUGCUCUCAUAGUACUAUAUCUGUGUGCAGGUGUUAUCAGGUAUAAUGUACAAUGGGUUACGUCUGUCCGUCUUAGCAGUUAUAACGUACUGUACUGUUGUAUGUCAGUUAGUCCAUGUCUGUUACGUCCGUUUAUUUCUGCCUCUCUGUCUCCCCCCGUGUCUUUCCUGCCUCCUCCCUCCCUAUCUCUCUCCCACACGUGUUCCGCCCCCUCUCCACAUCUCUCCGUCUUUCCCCCCCCCCCCCCCCCCCCCCCCCCUUUCCCAUCUCUCUCUCUCCCCUGUUCCCUCCCCCCUCCCCUAGUGGAGACGAUGCAGAGUAACCCCCAGCUCCUGUUGGAGUCAGUACCCCUGUCAGUACCCCUGCGUUACCAGGAGGGGGGCGUCAAUGAGACCUGCAUCCCCGUCCCUGUACUCAACUGGCCCCAACAGGCCUCACAGCUCAACGACAGUCUGUACCCUUUCUCUGUCUCUGUCUGUCUGCUGCUCUGUCCGCUCUCUGUCUGUCUGUUUCUCUCUCUCUCUCUCUCUCUCUCUGUCUGUAUUUCAUUUCUAUUUGUAAAAAAGCAUUAUACAAAUACAAUUAAAUUGAUUGAUUGUUUGAUCAAUCCACUUCUCUCUCUCUCCCUCCUCCCGCUCUCUCACACACACACUUUCUCUCCUGUGUCUCCCUCGCUCCAUAGCUGACGUGCUCCACUCCCACUGUGGUGUGUUUGUGGACAGCCAGUACCCGUCCUCCCCGUUGACCGGACCCCCCCACCCCAGGGGCCUCCGUAGGUCCAGCGAGGCCAGCAUCGCCAGCCAGGUGUCAGGCAUGGCCGACUCAUACACCGCCUCCAACAUCGCCAACAGUCAGUACUGGACUUCAUACUUUUUGAUUUAUCUGUCUUUUUUGCGUUUAACAUUAGUGUUUGUGGCUUAGGGAGAUAACAUACAUUUGAUUAUUUAUUAAUUUGCCCCCUCUGUUUUGUCAUUCUUCAACCCUUGAUCCCUCCGUAGCUACUAAAUGCCAAAGCAGCCCAUCGAAGAAGCUGGGUCUCCUUUCCCAGCUAGCUCUUCCUAAACUCCCCUCGAGAAGCCCCUCUCUGCGGGCCAGGAAGAAGAUCCGACCCUUCCUCUCUCUCGGACUCACCGACUCAGAGCAGGGUGACGAUGACGUCACCUCUGAAGUCACUGCCUCUGAUGUCUCCUCAGACUUGCUGUCUGACUUCACUGAUGUCACCUCUGAUGUCACCUCUGAUGUCACCUCUGACAUCACCGAUACGAACUCUGACCUCCCGUCGCCAGACACGCUGAUGGACGUAGAGCAAGGUAGUCUGGGUACUGUGGUUUGAAUCCUGUGUGACCCCCAGGACUACUCCCAUCUUUGUGCCCUGUCAUUGGUCUCCUUCCAGCUACAGUUGAACCACUGCAGUCCUAGAGCUUCUCUCUCUCCUCUUCUCCUCUACAGCCUUUACCAUAUAAUGUACUGCAGUGCUUCCCAAACAGGAGUUUUGUCCUUAAUCAAGGACCCAGUCUUUAGCUGGGAUUGAAAAGAGGGACCACCAUUUGGGAAUCACUGAUCUUGUAUGUUACCCUCUCCCUCCUCCGAUCAAAACUGUCCCUCUACUCCAGUUCAAUCUGCCCCUGGAACCCCAUUCUACUCCAGUGUGGACCUGUGACUCUGUACUAUAGAGCCUCUCCCCUGGACUGUAAAUCUCUGGAUGAGCACACUUCCCUCUACUGUGCAACCUCUUUUUGUCUGGAACUGUCAUUGACCAGAAAUACACAUCAACAUCUUUUACAACCCUGUCUUAUUUUCUCGACUGUGAUUAUGUAUCACUUGUUUUGUGCCAGGAAUGUAGCUGACUGAGAGACUUCUCUCUCUCUCGCUCCCUCUCUUUAGUUGCGUCUCGGUGGUGGGGCAGUAAGCGGAUGGACUUUGCCCUGUACUGUCCUGAUGCCCUCACAGCCUUCCCCACUGUAGCCCUGCCUCACCUCUUCCAUGCUUCAUACUGGGAGUCCACUGACGUCGUCUCCUUCCUACUCAGACAGGUAUGACCGCUUAUGAAUGCCAUAUGAAUGCAUAGACCUCUUCCCCACAUCAUAUUGGAAGUACACUCACAUUGCUUCCUUCCUACUCAUAUAGGUAAGACCAUAUGAAUAUUAGCAACCAGAUAUAGGCAUAGCCUCCUAUUAGGCUCACGAAUGCUAUAUGAAUGCCUAUGUAAUCAUCCCUGUCUGCUCCUCCAGGUGAUGAGGCAUGAGAACUCCAGUAUUCUGGAGCUGGAUGGGAAAGAGGUGACAGAGUUCAAGCCCUCUAAACCCAGAGAGAAGUGGAUCCGCAAGAGGACCCACGUCAAGAUCAGGGUGAGGACAGACCACUUCCGAACCACCUUUUAGUCUUUCUGUUGGCAAGUUGUAGAAAUAUUGACCAUGGUAAACGUCUAUGUGUGUAGAACGUGACGGCCAACCACCGUGUGAAUGAUGCUGUGUUCACUGAGGACGGAACACAGCUGGUGAUGGGACGCUUCAUGUAUGGCCCUCUGGACAUGGUCACUCUUACUGGGGAGAAGGUAAAGCUAUACUCAUUUUAAGCAAACUUGUCUUGUGGAACAAACUUGAUAUUUGAGCAUAAAUAAUGUAUUGCUUGUCAAUGGAACAAUGGGUAAGUCAGUAAUUAUUUAUGUAAUAUACCGAUGUGUUCUGAAACUGUAACCUCCUCUUGCUGUCCCCCAGAUUGACAUCCACAUCAUGACCCAGCCCCCCUCAGGAGAGUGGGUGUACUUUGACACCGAGCUGACCAAUAGCAGCGGACGCAUCUCUUAUGUCAUCCCAGAGAGCAAGAGGCUGGGCAUUGGAGUUUAUCCUGUCAAACUGGUCGUCAGGUAGGCUAUGGGUUUAAACCCUUUAAAUAUCUGAUUUUCUUGUUUUCAGGGUGUUUUUGAGUAUGAGAACAAGCGUUAAAUUAUGUGGUUUUCAGUUACAAUUCCCCCUUGCCACACCCUCUCCCUCCCUCCCCCUGUCUCUCCUCCCACUCUCAGGGGUGACCAUACGUUUGCAGACAGCUACCUGACGGUGUUGCCGCGGGGAACAGAGUUUGUAGUGUUCAGUAUCGACGGGUCGUUUGCUGCCAGUGUGUCCAUCAUGGGCAGCGACCCUAAGGUCAGAGCUGGAGCUGUGGACGUGGUCAGGUAGGAACAUGAUGGGUCUUAUUCUAUCGUGCUUUGUAUUUUAUGUACUGUUAUGGGGUUGUAGCUAUGUUCCUGACCAGGAGUCACACUAGCUAAUGCUGGUGUGGCAUACAAGUUGUGAAUCAGCAAAUUAAUAACUAAAUAGAUAGAUAAGACACCAGACCUGUUGGGGUGUCACCUGUUCACCCACAGCCUGGUCUCUCUCUCUCUCUCUCUCUCUCUCUCUUUUUUUUUUUUUUCUUUUCUUUUUUUCUUUCUUUCUUUUUUUCUUUUUUUCUUUUUUUUCCCCUCCCUUCAGACACUGGCAGGACCUGGGCUAUCUGAUAGUGUAUGUGACGGGUCGUCCAGACAUGCAGAAGCAGCGUGUGGUGGCCUGGCUGUCUCAACAUAACUUCCCUCAUGGAAUCGUGUCCUUCUGUGACGGCCUGGUCCACGACCCACUCAGACACAAGGCCAACUUCCUCAAGGCCCUCAUCUGUGAGGUAAGAGGGGCAGGAGGGUAGAGAUGAGGGUGUAGGAGUAAGGGUACGGCUUGGGUUGAGGAAGGGUAAGUGGGACUUGGGGUAAGGGGACUUAGGGUUUUUAAGUUAGGUUUCUACUAUCAAAUACACUACAUGACCAAAAGUAUGUGGAUCUAAAGUAUGUAAACAUCUCAUUCCAAAAUCAUGGUCAUUAAUAUGGAGUUGGUCACCCCUUUGCUGCUAUAACAGCUUCCACUCUUCUGGGAAGGCAUUCCACUAGAUGUUGGAACAUUGCUGCGGGGACUGGCUUCCAUUCAGCCACAAGAGCAUUAGUGAGGUCGGGCACUGAUGUAGGGCGAUUAGGCCUGGCUCGCAGUCAGCGUUCCAAUUCAUCCCAAAGGUGUUUGAUGGGGUUGAGGUCAGGGCUCUGUGCAGGCCAGUCAAGUUGUUCCACACCAAUCUCUGUAUGGACCUCGCUUCGUGCACGGGGGCAUUCCCAAACUGUUGCCACAAAGUUGGAAGCACAGAAUCGUGUAGAAUGUCAUUGUAUGCUGUAGCGUUAAGAUUUCCCCUCACUGGAACUAAGGGGCCUAGCCCGAACCAUGAAAAACAGCCCCAGACCAUUAUUCCUCCUCCACCAAACUUUACAGUUGGCACUAUGCAUUCGGGAAGGUAGCGUCCUCCUGGCAUCUGCCAAACCCAGAUUCGUCCGUUCGACUGUCAGAUGGUGAAGUGUGAUUCAUCACACGCUUGUGUGCGGCUGCUUGGCCAUGGAAACCCAUUUCAUGAAGCUCCUGACGAACAGUUCUUGUGCUAACGUUGCUUCGCAGUUUAGAUCUCGGUAGUGAGUGUUGCAACCGGGGACAGACGAUUUGAACCCGCUACGUGCUUCAAAUCAAAUCAAAUCAAAUUGUAUUUGCCACAUGCGCCGAAUACAACAGGUGUAGACCUUACAGUGAAAGGCUUACUUACAAGCCCUUAACCAACAAUGCAGUUUUAAGAAAAAUAAGUGUUAAGUAAAAAUUUUUUUUUAAUAAUUAAAGAGCAGCAGUAAAAUAAAAUAACAGUAGGGAGGCAAAUAGUCCGGGUAGCCAUGAUUAGCUGUUCAGGAGUCUUAUGGCUUGGGGAUAGAAGUUGUUAAGAAGCCUUUUGGACCUAGACUUGGCGCUCCGGUACCGCUUGCAGAGAGAACAGUUUAUGACUAGGGUGGCUGGAGUCUUUGACAAUUUUUAGGGCCUUCCUCUGACACCGCCUGGUAUAGAGGUCCUGGAUGGCAGGAAGCUUGGCCCCAGUGAUGUACUGGGCCGUACACACUACCCUCUGUAGUGCCUUGCAGUCGGAGGCCCAGCAGUUGCCAUACCAGGCAGUGAUGCAACCAGUCAGGAUGUUCUCGAUGGUGCAGCUGUAGAACUUUUCAGCACUCGGCGGUCCCAUUCUGUGAGCUUGUGUGGCCUACCACUUCGCGUCUGAGCCGUUGUUGCUCCUAGACGUUUCCACUUCACAAUAACAGCACUUACAGUUGACCGGGGCAGCUCUAGCAGGGCAGAAAUUUGACAAACUGACUUGUUGGAAAGGUGGCAUCCUAUGACAGUGCCACGUUGAAAGUCAUUGAGCUCUUCAGUAAGACCAUUCUACUGCCAAUGUUUGUCUAUGCCGAUUGCAUGGCUGUGUGCUCGAUUUUAUACACCUGUCAGCAAUGGGUGUGGCUGAAAUAGCUGAAUCCACUAAUUUGAAGGGGUGUCUACAUGCUUUUGUAUAUAUAGUGUAAAAACAACACUAUCCCUUCUAAAAUAGUGUUUCUAACAGUCCAUUCCUCUGUGUGUUUGUGUGUGUGCAGGCCCAUAUGAAGAUCUUUGCUGCAUACGGCUCUACUAAGGAUAUCACAGUGUACUCCUCCUUAGGCCUGCCGCCUUCACACAUCUACAUAGUGGGACGGCCCACCAAGAAGAUGUCCAGCCAGUGUCAGGUACCAAACUAGCUCUUAGAAAGUGUUGAGAUGCUUAGCUUCCAACUUCAACUUAUGAAUAGAUAGAAUGCACAAAUGUAUUCCUAUAGAUGGAUAGUUUAGUAGAUGAGUGAUUGAUCUGAUCUCUCCUCCAUUCCUACCCACUCUCUUUUUCUCUCUCUAUCUCUCUCUCUUUCGCACACUCUCUCUCUCUCUCCCUCCUCUCUAUCAGUUCAUCCCAGACGGCUAUGCGUCUCAUCUCUCCCAGAUGGAGUACAGUCAGAGGUCUCGUCCCGCCAAGACCGCCAGCGCCCGUAUUGUCCUCCGUAAGGGAAGCUUUGGACUGGGCGCCGCCGGGGGGGACUACCUCCGCAAGCGUAACCACAUCCUGCGCUCCAUCAACUCAACUGGGGGGGCGGGCUCUAGCUCCCCUGGCCAACCAGGACGCACGGAACGCACGCUGAGCCAAUGUGAGGUGGAGAGGGAGAGAGCAGGAGCGGGGACCCAGAGGAGUAUGAGUAUAGCAGCUGGGUGUUGGGGCCGCACCGGGAGCACCAAGGAGGGGUCAGGAGGAUUACUCAGUCCAAAA